CAAUAUCAAACUGACAGUUACUAAACUUAAGGAGAGAAAUAGAGAUCAAAUCAAGUUUCAAAGACAUUAACCAAACCAAACAAAAACGGAGAGAGAGAGAGGAAAAAAACAAAGAACAAAGAGAUCAAAAGAAGCAAAAAUAUGGCCCAAGCACAACCUGAGGAAAAGCCUAAAGAAAUACCCCAAGAAAAGUUUCAAAUGAAAAAUGCCAUGGAAGCAAAAGUAACGACCAGUUGUAGUAGUGGUAGUAGCAGUGGCAGCAGCAAUAGUGUAACGUUCAAAUUCAAUGCACAUGCACCAGAAUUCGUGCCAAGAUCGCAAACCCAAAUGCCCAUUUCGGGUUAUUAUUACCCUUGUUUCCACUAUAUAGGUGGUGCUGCUGGGUCUGAUUGGUUCUUUGUUGGUGACCAAGAACCUGCUGCUUAUUUGAUCUCUAAUCCUAAUCUCUCAAUCCCCAAUUGUUCUUCCAAGAAUGUGCUCACUGAUGAUCUCCGCCAAAAGAUCAUCAAACAGGUGGAAUACCAGUUCAGUGACAUGAGUCUUGUAGCGAAUGAAUCCUUGUCCAAGCAAAUAAGUAAAGAUCCUGAAGGUUAUGUGCCCUUAUCUUUUAUUGCAUCUACAAAGAAAAUCAAGUCCCUCAUCACUAACAACCAGUUGCUGGCCCAAGCACUUCGUUCCUCCUCAAAGCUUAUUGUGAGUGACGAUGGUAAGAAGGUUAGACGUAAACACCCUUUCACUGAAAAAGACAGAGAGGAAGUGCAGUCCCGUACUGUUGUUGUAGAGAAUUUGCCUGAAGAUCAUUCUCAUCAGAACCUUGACAAACUUUUUAAUGUUGUUGGGAGUGUGAAGAACAUCCGAAUAUGUCAUCCCCAGGAAUCCAAUUCUCCCCGUUCUAAAAGCGAUUUUUUUAUGUGUAACAAGCUACAUGCACUUGUGGAGUACGAUUCGACAGAGAUUGCUGAGAAAGCGGUCGAGAAGUUAAAUGAUGAAAGGAAUUGGAGAAAGGGGCUCCGAGUAAGGUUGCUGCUUAGACUCUCGCCAAAAUCUGUUCUAAAAAUCAGAAAAACAGAAUUCAAUGGCUUAUUGGACGAGGAUGAUUCACCAAUCGCUGUCUACUCUGAAGAUUCCUCUCAGCCAAACAAUGCUGAAUCAAUUGAGAAUACUGCUGAGGACAAUGCGGUGGGAUCAAAAAAGGGAUGGGCUAAAGGGCGUGGGAAGGGCCGCGGGCGCGUUCAAAACCACAGUGGACGUGCCCUGCUUGCUGCAUCUCCUCAACCUAACAAUGCAGUCCAAUGUGAAGCAUCUGUGAAACUGAUGUCUAAGGGCCCAAGAAUGCCAGAUGGAACCAGGGGUUUCACCAGGGGGCGAGGCAAGCCGUUAUGUUAACCAUUGGAUUGACGGAUGGCGCAUUCCUUUUUUUCCCUUCUUGUCUCCAGCCUAUAUUAACUAACUAUUACUGGAAUGGCUCUGCAUUUCCUGAAAACAGCAGGAAAUGAUUUAGAAGCCAUAUGCAUAGUCUGGCUUAUAAUAUGUUAUCAAUAAUUCAAAGCGUCUAGUUUAGUACUGUUUUCUGUAGCUAUUUUGAUAACAAUUGUCUCCUGGCACACCAUUUUUCUGGGUUAUGUUGAGUAUGGGUUGGGAUUCAGUUUUAUGUUUCAAUUUUCUAAUGUAUCCGAAUAAUGCCAUUGAAAGGUUACAUCUGUUUCUCUCUUUCUCUAAUUGUGAAACAUGUGAAUUACCACCAUAUCAUGCAGCACUAUACCACUUUAUUCUAAACAGUAAAAAUAAUGCAAUUUCAAACAGUAAAAAACACUUAAAAGAGGGUCAAUGAAAUUUUUUUCUUUCUAUUUUUUCUGAAGGUUUGGAUUUGUAAUAUAGACUUUGUUUAUUCUUUUUCGGGCCAGAACUCCAGAAUCCACGUCAAAUUCAAGUUUCUUUAGUCAUUAUUUUCUUAGGUAAUGGCCUUCUGAUCCUGCAAUUUUGCAGUAAUAAGGUAGUAGAUCAUGAAGCCAGGCACGUACAUUGAAUGAAUGACAACAUGCUCGCAAGAUUGCUCUCAAAUUGGACCCAUUUCCAAAGGUAACAAUAAAAACCUUUUCUUGCCUUGUAAAGACGAGUUUUUUGUUCUCCUGUUGCUAGAUAGCAACUGUUUCUGCUCACUGUUUUCCAUGCACAUGCAGUA